AUGGUUUCCCAUUUGUCUCUGAACUUCGAAGAAAUUCCGGCCGGGAGUUGGGACGGGAGAGAUUUAUUCCACUUUGCGAAAGAGACAAUUCGAAAUUUCGGUCAAUUGACGUGGGAUCGAGAUGAUUUUUCGUUCUUUUAUCAACAAGGUUGGACAUCAGCCGGGAGGAGUGUUCAUCGCCGGGAGGAGUGUUCAUCGCUGGGAGGAGUGUUCAUCGCUGGGAGGAGUGUUCAUCGCUGGGAGGAGUGUUCAUCGCCGGGAGGAAUGUUCAUCGCCGGGAGGAAUGAGGAAUGUUCAUCGCCGGGAGGAAUGUUCAUCGCCGGGAGGAAUGAGGAAUGUUCAUCGCCGGGAGGAAUGUUCAUCGCCGGGAGGAAUGAGGAAUGUUCAUCGCCGGGAGGAAUGUUCAUCGCCGGGAGGAGUGUUCAUCGCCUCGAUAGACUG